GAUGAUGAAGAUGAGACCACUGUGGAGUUGGAAGGGCAGGAUGAAAAUCAAGAAGGAGAUUUUGAAGAUGCGGAUACCCAGGAGGGAGACACAGAGAGUGAGCCGUAUGAUGAUGAGGAGUUUGAAGGUUACGAAGACAAGCCAGAUACCUCAUCCAGCAAAAGCAAGGACCCAAUAACAAUUGUUGAUGUUCCUGCGCACCUCCAAAACAGCUGGGAGAGUUAUUACCUAGAAAUUUUGAUGGUGACUGGUCUGCUCGCCUAUAUCAUGAACUAUAUCAUUGGGAAGAAUAAAAACAGUCGCCUUGCUCAGGCCUGGUUUAACACUCACCGAGAGCUUUUGGAGAGCAACUUUACCUUAGUAGGGGAUGAUGGAACUAACAAAGAAGCCACAAGCACAGGAAAGUUGAACCAGGAGAAUGAGCACAUCUAUAACCUGUGGUGCUCUGGUCGAGUGUGUUGUGAGGCUAAGUCUGGAGCAAAAUAUGGGCUGCCAGACUCUUUGGCAGUCCUGUCGGAGAUGGGAGAGGUCACAGAGGGAGUGAUGGAUGCGAAGAUGGUUCAUUUUCUUACACACUAUGCUGACAAGAUUGAAUCCGUUCAUUUUUCAGACCAGUUCUCUGGUCCAAAAAUUAUGCAAGAGGAAGGUCAGCCUUUAAAGCUACCUGAUACUAAGCGGACAUUAUUGUUUACAUUUAAUGUGCCUGGCUCAGGUAACACUUACCCAAAGGAUAUGGAGGCUUUGCUACCCCUGAUGAACAUGGUGAUUUACUCCAUUGAUAAAGCCAAAAAGUUCCGACUCAACAGAGAGGGCAAACAAAAAGCAGAUAAGAACCGGGCCCGAGUAGAAGAGAACUUCCUGAAACUGACGCAUGUGCAGAGACAGGAAGCUGCGCAGUCGCGUCGCGAGGAGAAAAAAAGAGCGGAGAAGGAGCGGAUCAUGAAUGAAGAGGAUCCCGAGAAGCAGCGCAGGCUGGAGGAAGCAGCUUUGAGGCGUGAGCAAAAGAAGCUGGAGAAAAAGCAAAUGAAAAUGAAACAAAUCAAAGUGAAAGCCAUGUAGCAAAAUCCCAGAGUCCAAGUUGAUGCCACCUAUGAGCUCUGAGUUUGUGGAAAACAAAACGUCUGAGUCCGUCUCAUCUUAAGUUUCAGACGCUCUUGGUAAAUGGGAAAUCCCAUUUCAUCUUCUGUUCUGCUGUUGAUUUGAAGUUUUACAGAGGUUGUAGAUACAUUGAAAGGGCUCUAUUUACAUAAUUUUCCUCUAGAUAGUCAAAUUAUUUUGAUUAUUUUAUAAAAGUGAUAUAUAAAAUAUGUGUAGUUUUAAACUAUUUUAAAUUAUAAUGAGUCAACAGUGCUUUUAGUACUUUAGUGUUUGAAAAAUAUGAAAUUUAUGGAUAGAUAAUUAGGUAGUUGCUUUUUGUUUAAACUAGUCAUUUGGAACAGUUAUGGCAAUUGACUCCUAAACCACGAUUCCACAAAUAAUUACUGGAAUUGCACAAUAAACAUUGCUUGGUGUUUUC